AUGUCUACCGGUGAGCCUGCCGACCCCGUCGCCAAGGGCGUCCUGGCUACGGCCAAGCAGUCCUUGAGGGACCUCUUCAUCUGGAAGCAGCGCACUGUCGUUGUCACUCCCGACGGCGAGACGCACACAGAAUGGCAGGACCCUGAUCCCAUCAAGAACCCCUUCAGCUUGAUGGCGCAGCUCAGUGCUCGCGACUGGCUCUUCUUCCUCUGCGGUUUCUGCGCCUGGACCGCCGAUGCCUUUGACUUCCACGCCCUCUCCAUUCAGACCACCAAGCUGGCCAAGUACUACGACCGAUCAAAGACCGACAUUACCACUGCCAUCACUCUCACCCUUCUGCUCCGCUCUGUCGGCGCCGCCUUCUUCGGUCUGGCUGGUGACAAGUAUGGUCGCAAGUGGCCCAUGGUCCUCAACAUGAUUAUUCUCGGUGUUUUGCAAAUCGCCACCAUUUACAGCAGCACCUUCCAGCAGUUCCUGGCUGUCCGAAGCUUGUUCGGUCUGUUCAUGGGAGGUGUCUACGGAAACGCCAUUGCCAUGGCUCUUGAGCACUGCCCCUCCAACGCCCGUGGUCUGAUGUCUGGUAUCCUCCAGCAGGGUUACUCCUUCGGCUACGUCCUCGCUGCCUGCGCUAACCUGGGUGUCGGUGGUGCCGUUGAGACAUGGAAGACGGUCUUCUGGAUUGCCGCUGGUAUCUCUAUUGCCAUUGGUCUCAUCCGCAUUUGCUUCCCUGAGUCGCAGCAGUUCCUUGAGGCCAAGGCCCAUGGCAAGAAGGAUGCCUCAGCUGGCGCUUUCUGGAGGGAGACCAAGAAGAUGCUUGCCCAGGAGUGGAAGAUGUGCGUCUACUGCAUCAUUCUCAUGACCUGGUUCAACUACUACUCCCACACCUCGCAAGACUCCUACACUACCUUCAUGAUCGCCCAGAAGGAGAUGGCCAACGCUGGUGCCUCCCGCGCUUCCAUUCUCAUGAAGGCCGGUGCCUGUGUUGGUGGAACCAUCAUCGGCUACCUUUCCCAGUUCUUUGGCCGUCGCCGCGCCAUCAUCGUCUCAGCUCUCAUCUCUGCUUGCCUCAUUCCUGCCUGGAUCCUUCCCAUUGGCGAGCGCAGCCUUAGCGCUAGCGGCUUCUUCAUGCAGUUCUUCGUCCAGGGUGCCUGGGGUGUCAUUCCCAUUCACCUCAACGAGCUGUCGCCCCCUGCCUUCCGCUCGUCCUUCCCUGGUAUCACUUACCAGCUGGGUAACAUGAUCUCGUCUCCUUCUGCUCAGAUUGUCAACGCCAUCGCCGAGAAGACCUUUGUCACCGCUCCCUCGGGCCACAAGGUCGAGGCUUACGGCCCUGUCAUGGGUAUCGCCACGGCCAUCAUCGCCCUCGGCAUUGUCGUCACUACAAUGUUCGGUCCCGAGCGUCGCGGCCGCAGCUUUGAGCAUGCUGUCGCCGGUGUUGAAGGCGAAGUCGCGGAGAAGAAGGUUAUUGACGAACACGACGAGGAGAAGGGCAGCAUCGAUGCCUCCAACGUUGAGAAUGCUCGCAAGGAGUAA